AUGACUGCUAAUCCACCGGAGGAAGGUUUCGAUCAAGCAGAGUUUGAAGAUGACGAGCUUGGUGAGGUACAGAUCGAGACCUCGUCCGGCCGCAAGCGUCUGUUUAGCAAGGAGUUGCGCUGCAUGAUGUAUGGGUUCGGUGAUGAUCAGAACCCGUACACCGAAAGUGUCGAUCUGCUGGAAGAUUUGGUGGUUGAAUUCAUCACCGAAAUGACACAUCGAGCGAUGGAAAUUGGGCGUACGGGUCGUGUGCAAGUGGAGGACAUUGUAUUUCUGGUGCGCAAGAAUUCUCGUAAAUAUGCUCGCGUGAAGGAUCUGCUUACGAUGAACGAAGAACUGAAGCGAGCUCGGAAGGCCUUCGAUGAAGUGAAGUACGUCGGAGCGGAAGCAAAAAUCAAGUAA